UAAAUAUACCGUUGCGCGCGGCAGUCCUGUUUAGUUCGUGCUCAAAAAUCUCUUUCGAAUCGCUGUGCGGUGUCCUUAGUAGUUCUCUUUCGCGUGGAAUUCCCACGACUUUUGUUUGUGGAAAUAAUAUUAUCUCUGAUCCAUUAAUAAUUACAAAAUUGUGCUCUUAAUCAACGAUUGUGUGCGAGUGUUUAUUUUGAUUUGCCAUGCCACCGCAAAUCAUAUUAUUGUUGCAACGUUCCCCGAGUUGUUGUUGAUUUUUGGUGUCUCCCGUUUACCGGCUCGCGGUGGUGGCGUCUCGUGGUCUAUCGUUCUACUAAUUAAAUUAUGUUGCAAAUAAAAAAAUGAAGACAGCAGCAGUCAUAGCAGCGGCAGAAGGAAACAUGGAAAGGCGUUGUUCUACUGUCGUCUCGCUGGUCUAUUUAUAAAUUGAUUUGCUGAUUCCAACUGACAAUUCGCCCCCAGAUGGUCUACCACACUGCUGCAGACAGUCAGUCAGCCAGCCAGCCCCACUGCACAGAACAGACCAGACCAGACCAGACCGGAGCAGAUAUGCUGCUGCUACGGAAAAAAAUCCAUGAAAAACAAACGCCCGUGUACAUAUACCAAUUAAAUGUGCAGCAUUAAAAAAAAGUAUAAUAAAAACAUAAACAGCAUUAAACAAUCAACUUGCAAAAACUGUGCAGCAAUUUUCAAUAUAAAAACGAAGUAGUGAAAAAAUAUAUUUAAAUAAUGAUAACAACAAAUUGCACUGCCGCGGCACUAAUUAAUUAAAAUCGUUUUCUUGCAUAAUUGAUGAGGCAAACAAAACGUUGAACACAAAGUUUAAUCCAUAUACCGUUAAACCAACAUGUUUAAUCACUUUGCAAUAUUUCUAAUGCAUAUCGUGGUGGCCUUUGCCUGUCUACUGGCCACAUCGAUGGCUCUGAGCACCGACACGGGCAGCGAGGGCAACGGCGUCAAUGUGGGCGGCUCAACGCUCAAUAAUGUCAUCAGCGAAGAUCCCGAAUUCACAGAUGUCAUCGAGAACAUUACUGUACCCGCGGGGCGUAAUGUCAAAUUGGCCUGCUCGGUCAAGAAUCUGGGCUCCUACAAGGUGGCGUGGAUGCACUUUGAGCAAUCGGCCAUUCUUACUGUACACAACCAUGUGAUAACGCGUAAUCCGAGGAUUAGUGUGACCCAUGAUAAGCAUGACAAGCAUCGCACCUGGUUCCUGCACAUCAACAACGUCCAGGAGGAGGACAAGGGACGUUACAUGUGCCAGAUCAAUACGGUGACGGCCAAGACCCAAUACGGCUUUGUCAAAGUUGUUGUGCCGCCGAACAUCGACGAUGCCCUGACCUCCAGCGACGUCAUCGUGCGAGAGGGCGAUAACGUGACGCUGCGUUGCAAGGCGAAAGGCAGCCCCGAGCCGACCAUCAAAUGGAAGCGAGACGAUGGCCACAAGAUUGUCAUAAAUAAAACGCUCGAAGUGAACGACCUGGAGACGGACUCGCUUGAACUGGAGCGCAUCUCGCGGCUGCAUAUGGGCGCCUAUCUGUGCAUUGCCUCCAACGGUGUGCCGCCCAGCGUCUCGAAGCGAAUCAAAGUCAGCGUGGACUUUUCCCCCAUGGUUUGGAUCCCACAUCAGCUGGUGGGCAUACCCAUGGGCUUCAAUGUGACGUUGGAGUGCUUCAUUGAGGCGAAUCCCACAUCGCUCAACUAUUGGACACGCGAAAACGAUCAAAUGAUUACGGAAUCACCAAAGUACAAAACCGAAACAAUUCCGGGCCAUCCAUCGUACAAGGCGACCAUGCGUCUGACGAUCACCAAUGUCCAGGGCAGCGACUAUGGCAACUACAAGUGUGUCGCCAAAAAUCCUCGUGGCGACAUGGAUGGCAACAUAAAGCUUUACAUGUCGAGUCCACCCACCACACAGCCACCGCCCACAACCACAACACUGCGGCGCACGACAACCACAACAAUGGCAAACACUUUGGAUGGCCCCAACGCCCCGCUGAAUGGCCUAGGCGGUGGAGGGCCAACGAAUUCGGUGAUUGUGAUUGACAAAUUGGGCAUUAAAUAUCAAUCGAAUCUGAAUGAGAUUGACAAAUCCGAACAGAAGCUGACAGGCAACAAUCCCAAGGGCUAUGACUGGUCCAAGGGCAAGGGCAGCGCCAGUCGUCUCCAUCGUUCCCCAAUGAUUUGCUGGCUCCUGACAACCCUCUCACUGCUGCUGGCAACGCACUCGCAUCGUUAGAGCUGCAUUGCAAUGGAAAAUAUAUCCUUAUAUUAUAUAUAUAUACAUAUAUACAUAUAAAGUGCCAUUAAAAAACAAAAAACAUACCAACACAAAAUGCAAAGAAAAACAAAACAGACACAGAAACACAAACACAAACAUACACUUGACGCCACGCACGUAAAAAAUUAUCCAAACCCAACAAAAUAUGAACUUAAUUAAGCAAAUUGCCAAACGCAAAAUUGCCAUUUCAAGUUUUUGGUUAGCAUUGUUUGCCUUUUCACCACAAAGCUCCAUAAAUAUUUGAUUCGAUUUUUGGUACAUACAAAAAAGAUGAACUCCAGGCCUAGCAUUAUUAAAAAACCAGCAGCAGCAUGAAAAAAGUUUGUGGACCCACAAAAGGCAGUAAAUUAAUCAACAAAGAGCAGCGUUUCAACACUCCGACUAGGGUACACUCUACAUCUUAAUUAGUAGAAAUGAGGAUAUACAUACAUAUAUACAAUUUAAAUAGCUCCAAAAUGUUAUCAAUCAGUAUAUAAUUAAAACUUUAAAAUAUCUUCUUUUAUUUAAGUAGAAUUAAAAAUGAUACCAAAUUUUAAACAUUUCUAAAGCAGUUUUGAGCGGAACACCGCAAGAAGCCCUUCAUUAAAUAUACCUAAAAUCUUCAAUAAUUUCCAACAGUAAGACGACUAUAAAAUCAGUUGAAAUAGGACUAAGAAAUUAUAGCAUUUUAACUAUAUUAUUUAGGUUUUUAUUUUUUAUAAUUGUUUUGGUUCUAUAAAGAACCAAGUAAAAUCUAUAAUCAACUACGUAUGGAUGCAACCUAGUCGGAGUUUAUAGUACAACGUUCUAAAAUUACAUCAAAUCUUUAAUCAUAUUAAACAGUUUUUGAACCAUUAAAUAAGGAUUCAUUUUAGCUUCGUUGCCAGUUAAAUGUUCUUUAUUUUCCAUAGCAAUUUUCCUUAAAACUGAACAGGGUUUUAGUGAGAGUAUUUGCACAAAAUAACUGAAUUAUACCUACAAUUUUUGUGGACAGAUACUUUCAUAAAAAA